GUUUCCAGAGGGUGGAGACGGUGAACAAUGAGUGAGCUGACUGGUAGGACCAGCAGAGGUCCAACAUCUGAAUCCCCCCCCUCUCCUCCUCCCCAACUGUGGCGUCCCGCCGGACAGACAGACGGAUCAGACAGACCGAGCGCGCGCAGGACGCUGACAGCUGAGCGGAGUUCAGGCGGAGUGGGAGCAUGCAGAUUUGUUUCUGCACACUGCAGAGAUCAGAGCGCUGCCUGAGCAUCCUGCUGAGCGCGGAUGUGAAUGAAUGGGCUCCUCUCACGCUGAUCUGGGUCAUGCGGACCGCCGGAGGAGCGCGAGAUAAAGACGCAGCCUCCUUACGCCUCCUGGCUGGUUGAGGAUGCGCCGGACGCGUCAGCUGGGAUUUUGAAAGUGUUGGAGAGCAUUCCCAGGAACUCAAACCUUCACAGCUGUUCUGCUGCAAUUUGGCUUUCCUAACAAAAGGAGGAGAUCGGUUUAUUGUUUUGGUCAGAGGCUGCUCUGCUCACCGAACGGAUGCAGGACCAUGGAGGAGAGAGACAGGUCGCCAGCAGUCUGCCUCACAGCGUCAAGGCGAGCCUGUCUCUCUCUCCUUCGGGACCGGGACGAGUGGGGAGCGGCGGAGGCUCACCCACAUCUAAAGUGGGAUGUUGUGGAGGGGUGCCGGUGGAAGACAUGGAGGCGUUGGCCAUCACUUCCCUAUCGGCGGCAGAUGUGGCCAAGCAGUACGAGCACAUCAGUGAGCUCGGGAAGGGAACCUACGGGAAGGUGGACCUGGUGGCUCACAGAACCCAGGGCACCAAAAUGGCCCUGAAGUUCGUUACCAAGAACAAGACGAAGCUCAAGAGCUUCCUGCGGGAGUACAGUCUAACAGGCUCACUCAGCUGCAGCCCUUUCAUCAUCAAAGUCCUGGACGUGCUUUUUGAGACGGAGGACAGCUACGUGUUUGGACAAGAAUAUGCCCCCGCCGGAGACCUUUUCGACAUCAUACCCCCACAGGUUGGCCUGCCAGAGGAAAUGGUCAAACGAUGCAUGCAGCAGCUCGGUUUGGCCUUGGACUUCAUGCACAGUAAAAACCUGGUCCAUCGGGACGUCAAGCCGGAAAAUGUGCUCUUGUUUGACCGAGAAUGCCGGCGGAUCAAGCUUGCUGACUUUGGGAUGACCAGGCGUGUCGGCUGCCGGGUGAAACGCGUGAGCGGCACCAUCCCUUACACGGCGCCGGAGGUGUGCCGGGCCAGCCGAGCCGAGGGUUUCCUCGUGACUACCAGUCUAGACGUGUGGGCAUUUGGCGUGCUGGUGUUCUGCAUGCUGACGGGGAAUUUUCCGUGGGAGGCGGCGUUGCCCACCGAUGCCUUUUACGAGGAGUUUCGGCGCUGGCAGAAAGCAGGGUGCCCUGUGGGAACCUACCCGUCUCAGUGGCGCCGCUUCACUGAUGACGCUUUGCGUAUGUUCCAGAGAUUGCUCUCCGCCGAGCCGGAAAAGCGCUGCGGGGUGAAGGACGUGUUCUGCUUCAUCAAGUACGAGCUGGUCAGCGAGCUCCGGCGCCGAGCCUCCUAUAGAGCAAAGAGGAACGAGCGGUCCAGCUCUGGCGUGUGCACCGGAACCUGCGCUCCCUCCUCAUCGUCUUCACGUUCUUCCCACAGACACCCAGAACCCUCCACCCCUCCAGGGACCACUUGUCUGCGCCCGGCGCCGCUCAAACGCAGCGUCCUCUCCGACCCGCUGUCUCCCAGAGAGGAGUCUGGGCAGCACCAGGCCUCGGGCCGCGACAAGAACAAAAGCCAGAUGGUGAUGGCAACAGCUAUAGAGAUCUGCGUGUGACCGCGCUCAUAUUAAUGCAGGAAAACAGAUGGCUUUUUACAAACACUUUGACGAGGUGUGAACGACUACCGCCGUGAACCUGGUGGAAAAGGAGAAGUACUUCAACCAUGAACGAGAAGCUCAGGAUCCCACCCCAGGCUGCGGAGAAAGACUCAAUCAAUCAAAACGAAGUGACAGACUGUCUCUGACUUCAACGCCAUUUAGGGUUUGAUUUGUGACCAAAGACUGCUUCCUGCAGAGAAGCCAUGCAGAUGGCGCUUCUCCGAGCUGCCACCCGUGUUCUUCUGCUCAAACACUGCGGUGGCGUUACAACUUCACUCCAUUUCUUUACACUUCAGUGUGUAUUUAGCUCCAUAACUUAGUGAAUACGAGAACUAUAACCCUUCCAGGAUCAGUAAAAAGUACAUCACAGAUGUAGCAGUUUGUGUUUUAACUGACUCAACGACAGGCGUCAACUCAGGACUCUUCCAUUAAUCUCUUCAUGUUAAAUGUUUCACCAUCAUUUUUUCCCAAGUGAAAAAGUAAAAAAAAAAGUAUCUGUGUGAGAGGGAGGUAGGAACAUGCGUCUUAAAUGCUAAAGCACAUUUUUUUUAUUGUAGUAGAACUUAGAAAAAACAUCUUGUACAUAACUGGAUAUUCCUGACGUGAUCAGGUAGUUCAACCAUGUAGCUGUGUUUUCUACCAGAGGGAAGAAUAGAAUUCUACGUGUAUUUUUGGGGUGAAACACUGUAUGUAGCAGCAAAAUAUGACAAUAAUAUAUGUAUAAGAACCAAUGAAAUGUAUAGAUGUUGAAAUAGAUACCACUGUAGCAGCUUUA